AUGGUUGGCGUCGGGGAGAUGCUGGCCGGGGCCGUCAUAAAGGAAGUUGUCAGCAAGCUGCCUGCGCUGCUCCAGGCUUCUGUCCAUGGUCCUCUCAAGAGGAUUAAGGGCUUCAAGGAAGACCUCGAUGUCAUGAACAUGACGCUCCAGUCCAUCCAGGCGGUCAUCGCGGAUGCAGAGAAGCGGUCUAUCAACGACGAGAGCGCGCCAUUGUGGCUGAAACGCCUCAAGGAGGUGGCCUACGAAAUCACUGAUAUGUUUGAUGACUUCCAACCCGACAGGCCGCCAGGAAAGCUGCAGAGCACUCAAAAGUGGUACAAGAUAAUGUUUAGUCCUGACAUGGCCAACCGCAUGAAGAGGAUGAAUAAAAAGUUAAAUGAAAUAAGGAAGCAAAAUAAAUUUGGGACUGGGUUGAUACCUGAACCCAAAACAGAGUACACUGAUGGUGAAACAAUAUCAGGGCCAUCAGAUGUGAUUGUUGGUCGUAGAGUUGAGAAAGAAUCUGUCAUUAAUAUACUGCUUAGCUCCAAUACAUAUGCUCAAGAAAUUAAUAACUGUACCAUUAUUCAUGGGCUUGCUGGUGUUGGCAAGACAGAACUAGCAAAAUUGGUGUUCAAUGAUGAAAGAAUCAAGGAGGCAUUUCCGCAAAGGGUCUGGGUUUACUUGCGCCAAAAUUGUGACGAAAAAGAUAUUUGCAGAGGUAUAAUCUCAGUAAUUGAACAAAGACGUUGCAAGCUUGAGAUUCUUGAAUCCAUAUACCAGCAUCUCAAAAAGGUGCUCACGAGUAGAUGUCUCAUUGUAUUGGAUAAUCUUUGGAAUUCAUCCUUGGAGAGAUUGCAGGGUAUACUAGGCAGGAAUGUCUCGAUCUUAGUUACUUCACGCAAAGCUAUUCAGUUGAAUACGAGAAAAGCAAUAAUGUUCCCCUUGGAACCUUUGUCAGACAAACUCAGCUUUGAUUUAGUUAAGAAAGUUGCAUCCUCAUAUUUCCGUGAAGGUGACAUUCCAGAAAUUGCACUGGAUGAAAUUGUAGCAAAGUGCAGAGGUGUACCUUUCGCUCUGAGGACUAUUGCAUCCCAAUUGAAACCAGGAACCGAUGAAGAACUAUUGAGUUUAAUAAAAGAUAUCUUUCCACCCACAUCAGAUUAUGGACAAGAUGCUAUUGAGAAAACUGUUCUUGGAUCCCUCAGGCUGACAUACCACUUAAUGACUCCACGACUAAGGCUAUGCUUUGCCUACUGUGCAAUUUUUGCUAAAGGCUGUGAGAUUGAUCGUGAAGAAUUAUGCCACCAAUGGAUUGCUCUUGGGCUAAUUGAAAACCCAACUAAAAGGCUUGCAGAGGAAACGAUUCACGAAUUAUUGGACAUGUCAUUUCUUCAAGAUUCAGGGCCAUCUUCGGUGACGAUAAGGAGUUCUGGAGCUCCAGCCAAACUUAAGAUGCAUGACUUGGAGAACUUGCAUAAGAAUAAUCAGCUUGCUGGGUUAAGGGCUCUGCAUAUUAAAGAUUGUCCUACACUGAAGUUCAAAUGGUACAAUUCCUCAUUCGCCAAACGCCUGCGAGUCCUGGAUAUUAGUGGGCAUCAUAUUGAGAAGCUUCCUUCCUCUAUUGGAAAUCUGAUGCAGCUGAGGUACCUUAACGCUUCAGGAAUACAAUUCAAAGAGCUCCCCAAAGCCAUCGGCACUCUGUCUAAACUACAGUAUCUCAAUCUACAUGGCAGUAGCAUUUCCGGACUACCAGACUCAGUCUCCAAAUUGGGUCAGUUGAUGCAUCUUGACAUAUCAGACUGUAAGAAUCUGCAGGCAUUGCCCAGCUCAUUUUGCCAACUCAAGUGCCUGUGUUUUUUGUCACUAAAGAACUGCUGUCAACUAUGUUCAUUACCUGAUGAUCUUGCCGAACUCAAGGAUUUGGAGAAGCUCAAUUUGUCAGGCUGCUCCUGUCUUUGCAAGUUACCAGAAUCUCUUGGUAAGCUGAAGAAGUUAAAACAAUUGGAUCUAUCAGGCUGUCUGAAACUCACCAAGCUACCAGAUUCUUUCGUUAGACUUACUGGUCUCCAAUACCUCGACAUCUCAAGCUGUUCUGAAUUAAACAUACCUGUUGAUGGUCUUAACAAGCUUGUGGGUUUGAACUACGUAGAUAUGUCAUCUUGUCCGAAACUUGUAGGUCUGCCUGAAGAAUUUUGUGACCUUAAACAUCUCCAUACACUGAAUCUUUCUGACUGUAGUCAAUUGGGAAAUUUACCAGAGAGGCUGGGCCAAAUGAAAAGCAUCAGGUUCAUUUUGCUGGAUGGUUGUGUAGAAUCGGUGAGGAAACCCAUUCUGCAAAAUAGGCUGGGUGCUGGCCUGCAGUCGUUACCUGCAUUUGUCAUUGAAGCGCAGGUUGGCAGCAUCCGAAGCAACAUUACCCAGCUGGAGCAGGAGAAGUUCUCUGAGCUGGAACUGUACCGCCUCGAGAAUGUGCGAGCAGUUGAGGAGGCCGGAGCACUAAAGAUGCCGGCCAGAUCUGGAUUACGUAGUUUGGGACUGAUGUGGACAUUGAAUGUUGACCGAUUUGUUGAGGAUGAGGCACUGCUUCAGGUGCUUGAGCCACCUGAAGAUCUUCAAAAGUUUAGGGUACAGGGUUACAUGGGCAAAAGGUUCCCUAAAUGGAACGUAGAAAUCGGUUCCUUCCGCCGGGGUCAGCUCGACGAACUCGGGUUGAUGCAUUUUCCAAUGUGCAACAAUUUGCCACAGCUUGGGCAGCUUGCAAAUCUCAAGAAGCUGCACCUAUGCCGGAUGCCCAAAAUCAGGAGACUAGGCAGAGAAUUAGGUGAUGACACUGGAGUACUCAAGAACUUGCAAAGUUUCACUUUGGAAUACAUGGAGAACCUGGAAGAAUGGUGCACUACCAUGUUAAUGGCAUCAGCUAGUAGCCAGCACCAGCACAAACAGGAAGGGUUGUUCAUGUUCCCCUCGCUUCAGGAGCUUAACAUAUACCACUGCCCUCAGUUAACAAUGAUUCCAUGUCCUCCAAGAAGCAUAGACUGGGAAGUAAGAGCAAGUAGUAGAGCAUCGCAACAGCUUCUUGAGAAGGAUGAGGCUAUGCAGUCAUUGGCAGAGUACAUGGGCUUGCGGUGUCCCUUUGGCUACACUACCGAAUUGCAUGUCAAUGGCUCCAGCAGCAGUUCUCCACAUCUUCGUAGUGAUGGAUGGAAGUUUAAUGCUUCCCUCAUCACUCUCAGGGAUCUGGGGACAAGUGAUUGCUGCGGUUUGAUUGACACAUUGCUAGCCAAAGGCAAUAACAUGCAGUGUUUAAUUAAUCUAGAGGUUUCAGGCAUUGAAGAUACAAGAAGCUUGCUGGAACAAGUUGAGACAGUUGCGCAUUACACACGGUCUAGCCUCGCCAAAUCAUGGCCAGAUUGGUUCCUACAGCAACCUAUUGUAAACAGUGGAGCAUCACCCCAUUUUCUUGUAACAGGUUUUGCAAGCUGUGCACUUGAUGGCUGGAUUGACAAAGUGACCUCCUUUCUUGGCAACCUCAUACGGAUCAACAUGGAGGACCUGCCUAUGUGCUACCGCCUGCCACCACUAGGACAGCUGCCAGUGCUGCAGGAGCUUCGGUUGAAAGGGAUGCCUAAGAUCACAAGGAUAGAUGACAGGGACUUGUGCGGCGGGAGUGACCGUUCAUCAUCAUCUGUGUUGUUCUUCCCAAGGUUGACAAAGUUUGUUCUGAAUGAUAUGCCGAACCUUGAGGAGUGGGUCAUUACGGUGUCAGGUAGUACAAGUACUGGUCACUGUGGCAGGGACAGGGAGGAGUUCAUGUUCCCUAAGCUGGUAAAGCUGACGAUUUGGAACUGCCCCCAGUUGAAGCUGAAGCCUGGCCUCCCAAGAGCGGAGGAGUGGGACAUAAAUAAUAGCGAUCCGGUAAUAGCGUCAUCCUAUGACAAAAACAGAAACAGUGGAGGUGGCGAGCUUGCUACAAUGCUACAAGUGUUGUCAUGCAAAGUUCCUCCCAGUAACUGGAAAUUGCUUCACCAUCUCCCCAGGAUACAGAACUUGGCGAUCAUUAGCUGCCAUGGGAUGGAAGCUUUACCAGAGAGCAUUCAGAGCCUUUCCUCCCUCCAGUCCUUGACGGUAAGUAAAUGUCAUGGCCUGAAACACCUGCCUGAAUGGUUGGGGGACCUGACAUGCCUUCACAGCUUGAUGGUUGUGAGCUGUCCCCUGGAGUUCUUACCGGGGGGAAUGAGGCGCCUCUCUUUCCUUCGGUCCCUCACUUUGAGCUGUUGUGAUAGACUGGCAGCAUUGCCAGGGUGGAUGGGUGAUCUCAAGUCACUCGUGAAGAUCACAAUUGAAGGAUGCAAGAGCCUUAAAUCCUUGCCUCAGCUUUGUAGUCUGCAAGAUCUAUUCAUUGACUGUAAUGAUGAACUACAUGGGUGGAGUGAAUCAGGGGUCAACAAAGCUAUGUUUGCGGGAAUCAAACGACAGGGUUUCUGGCUGGAGAAUCAUGGUCAGAGCAACAGCUACAUCUUACCAGCAAGAUCGUUACACAUCGUUUGGGGACGCGAUGACAGAUAUUGGAGGAUGCAUUCUCAUCCUCACUCAAGGUUUGAAUCAUCGAUGGAACUCUUAGAAGUCUGGUGGCUUGAGAUUGAGGGCAGUCUCCCUCAAGGGGCCCUCCCCACAAAUACUAGCUACGAUGUAUACCUUGUUUACAAGCUGGCAGAUGAGCACGAUGGCCUCAGAUGGGGCGAGUCAUGCGUCCUAGUCGAUGGUGUACCGACGUUUGGUGCCAUUGUUUCCUUUGUGGACCAAGACGCUGUGCGCGUGGAUCGCGUGGCUUACCCGGUUACGCGCUCUGAAGGAUGGAUGGAGCUCAGGCUCGGUGAGUUCAGCCUGCGUGAUGAUACUAGCGCGGUAAAAGUGCACUUGUCUGAGAAAACGAACACCUAUGCCAAGAAAGGGCUCAUCAUUGAAGGCAUGGAGAUUAGAGCAAAAAGCAUGCCUAUUACCUAG